AAAUUUGGAAGAGAUAAGAUACCCCGUUUUCCAAUAUUAGUACAUAACCAAUUGAAUAUUAGGUCUAGAAGAAAAUGGACGCAAUAAAAUAUGUACCCUUACUGUUGUUGUAUUUUACACCGCAGCUAGUGUUUAGCGAGGUGUAUGUUGCCGUGUCCAUAAAAUCUUACGAGAACCCCGAUAACCGCGUUGAACUUGGAAGAGGGAUUUCUCAUUCAGUAAUCUGCUGUCAUCGACAGCCUGGACCGAAUUGUACCACUCCGUGUACACCAUUUGUCCGCAUCUGUCUGUAUGAAACCACUAACAAAAGAUGUGUUGGAGAACAAAUAAGUAGUCCUUUAAAUCAAACGAAGAACAUGACAUUCACAGACCAAGUUGGAAAUUUGACAAACCCUGUCAUCCUCAAAAUACCAAACUGGUCGGCAAAGGAUCACUAUAACAUUCAGAUUAAGUUCUACGACAUCGGCUCAACGUUUGAAACUAUAUUUUAUAAUGAACAACAUAUCACCGCCAGUCCAGCAGACAACUCGGGGUCGGCAGUGGAAUACAUAAGUAAUCUCCCUUACAAGCCUACAGGGGCUAGGGUAGAGACUUCAUACCGUCUGUACAAGUGUAGUCCCUCACCGGAUGGUCACAUACAGUGUGAUGCAAAAGGUGAUACCCUGUGUGCUCCAGAUUUCUACGGACCAUCUUGCAACAUUCACUGCAAGGUUACUGUUGGGUCAUAUUUCCAAUGCGACAAGAACGGCACAAAAGUUUGUAAAGAAAAAUAUCAUGGUGAUAAUUGUACGAUUUUUUGCGAUCCGCCACGUCAUGGGGUAUGUGACGUCACUGGUAUGCUUCACUGCAAUCCAAAUUAUUUUGGAGAGAAAUGUGACGUUUUCUGUUUGACACCAGCAAAUGGAACAGGACAUUGUGAAGCAAACGGCACACUGAUUUGUCAUCCAGGUUGGACUGGGAUAAAUUGCUCAACAGUCCAAAAACUUUGUGAACACGGCCUUUCAAAACCAGAUAAAUACAGUCCCAUGGGAUAUAAAUGCUACUGCGAGUCUGGGUGGUCCGGUCCAAGGUGCUCUAUCGAUAUCAACGAAUGCAACGAUACAUCGAUGUGUGUUCACAACGAUCAAUGCGAUAAUCGUCCAGGCGGAUAUCUGUGCAUAUGCUCUUCUGGCUGGGAAGGUCAAAGAUGUGAUACAGAUAUAGAUGAAUGCAAACAAAAUCAAUGCAUUCGAGGAAACUGUUCGAACACGCCCGGUAACUUCAGUUGCAUUUGCGAGAAUGGAUGGACAGGUAAUUUGUGCGACAAAGAAUUAAAUGAAUGUAACUCUAACCCUUGCAAAAAUAAUGGAACGUGUCAUGAUCUGGAUGGUUACUAUAACUGCACAUGCCCUGUGGGAAUAACCGGAAAUAACUGUGAAACCGACGUUGACGAUUGUGCACGUGUUGUGUGCCGAAAUAACGGAACCUGUAAGGACGGUUUUAAUAGUUUUACUUGCCUUUGUCAACCAGGAUUUUCCGGACCUUUGUGUGCGAUAGAAAUAAACGAAUGUGCCAGUUCACCUUGUAAAAAUAAUGCCACUUGUUUGAAUGGCAUAAACAGUUUUUCUUGUCAUUGUCCUCCAGGAUGGAAUGGAACACUAUGUGACGUCGAUAUUGACGAAUGUAAAAUGAACACUUGUCAGAAUAAUGCGACAUGUAUCAAUGAAGUUGGAUAUUACAACUGCUCAUGUGCAAGUGGAUUUUUCGGUAAAAACUGCGAGACCGAUUUUGACGAAUGCACUAGCAAUCCUUGUAUGCAUGGCGGAACCUGUAAUAAUGUAAUCGGUGGUUUUAAGUGUGACUGUUCCCCUGGUCACAUAGGCGACAAAUGCCAAUAUCAGGACUAUUGUAAAUACAGCCCUUGUAAAAAUAAUGCCACUUGCUUCAACAAUAAAACUGAAUUGACAUGCCAGUGUACAGAAGGGUGGAGCGGGUUUGACUGUAACAACGAUACAAAUGAAUGUUUAUCCAGUCCCUGUGUGCACGGUAACUGUUUGAAUACUCCAGGCAGUUACGUUUGUACUUGUGAACCUGGAUGGACAUCGUCUGCGUGCGACCAAGACAUUGAUGAAUGUAUGAAUGAUCCUUGCCAAUACAACUCAACAUGCAUCAAUAAGAAUGGUACAUUCGAAUGUCAUUGCGCCAAAGGUUAUACCGGUGAAAACUGCAGUAUAGACAUCAAUGAUUGUCAAAAUGUCACGUGCCAAAACAACGCCACCUGUGUGGAUCUUCUAGAUGACUUUGUUUGCAAUUGUUCUCUCGGAUUUGAGGGUCGGUUUUGCGAGAAUGAAACGAAUGAAUGCAGUAGCAACCCUUGUCAGCAUGGAAACUGUUCGGAUUUAAUUGGAGCUUAUUCAUGUUCCUGUUUACCAGGGUGGGAAGGUGUCAACUGCACACUUGAUAUCAACGAAUGUAAAAAUGAAAAUUGUUCCAAUAAUGGGAUUUGCGAGAAUUCAAUAGGUAGUUACCACUGUAACUGCACCGCUGGGUUUUCUGGAGAUCAUUGUGAAACAAACAUUGAUGAAUGUGCGUCCAAUCCUUGUCAACAUAACGGCACAUGCCAGGACCGGAUAAAUGAUUUCUGGUGUGACUGUGAUAGUAGAUACAACGUUGGAAAAAUGUGUGAGUACGAAAACUUCUGCAAAUACCAUCCUUGUAGAAACAAUGGAACUUGUAAACAACAUGGCAAUGAGUUUACGUGUAAAUGUUUACCAACGUGGACAGGUCUUGCAUGCGAGGAUGACAUUGAUGAAUGCGCCAAUGGCACCAGUGGCUGCAAAACAGGAGAAACAUGCAUAAACAAACUAGGAGGUUUUGAAUGCUUAUCAUGCAAACCUUCGCCAUGUAAGCAUGGAAACUGCUCGAUAAAUACAAAUACGUCUAGUAUAUCAUGCAGUUGUUCGCCAGGAUUUGCAGGAGAAAAAUGUGAUAAAAAAGACAACUGUGCACCGCCUAAUCCGUGUAGAAAUGGGUUCCGUUGUACCAAUGAAGAUGACGGUUUCCGUUGUCAUGAUCCGUGUAAGUCGUCACCUUGUGGAAACAAUGGAACAUGUAGAGCAGUCAACGGAACUUACAGCUGUAACUGCUCUUCCGGUUUCAUUGGAAGUGACUGUAAACAAAAGGAUUACUGUCGCAAUGUAACUUGUCAAAAUAACGGGACCUGCGUCAACGGACCCAAUGGUUUUAAUUGUACUUGUCCAUCAACCUUUAGCGGCAAACUUUGUGAUAAGUUCGAUUACUGUACAUCAAGCCCAUGUCUGAACAACGGAUCGUGUUCGCUGGACAAUGCAGGAUCCCAGAAUUACACUUGUUCGUGUUCGUUUGGAUUUACUGGUCCAGAUUGUAAUCAGACAGAUUAUUGUGCUCCCGAUCCAUGCAUUCACGGCAACUGCUCAAUUUCUAACAAUACUUACGAAUGUAAAUGUCAUUCUGGUUGGUAUGGCACAGAUUGCGAUCUGGAAGAUUUCUGUCUUCAGAAACCGUGCGCAAAUAAUGGAGGAUGUGCAAAUAACAAUCAAACGUUCACGUGCAAUUGUACGGAUGGCUGGAUGGGAUAUAAUUGCACAGAGGCUGAUCCUUGUUAUCCUCAAAAAUGUUUUAACGGAGGUAAAUGUUAUAGAUACAGUGGAUCAUUCUAUUGCUUAUGUGCACAAGGAUACACGGGGAAUAACUGCACAGAAGAUGUGGAUGAGUGUCAAGGUCAGAACAAUUGUCCGCAAAUUUUUACAUGCGUCAAUGUUCCAGGAUCAUACCAUUGCGAACCCCCCAACGGUCUUCCCAGAUCAUUGAUUGGCAAUAGAGGUGGUGCAUACAAGGGCAAAAUAAGGAAAUUAUUGGUUGAAAGUAAUUAUAAGGAGUUUGUGGCUGAUUUGAAGCAGGAACUUGUGAACCAUGGCCUCUGUCCACAGGAAGCGGAAGUUGAUAUAUCAAUCAUGGGGAUUGAACAACAUUUAACGCUUAACCAAUCCGUCGUGGAAAUGAGAGCCCUAUGCAGAGGGAAGACUAUUUCACAAGAAAAUCUUAUGUUAGCUUUAUCAGGAUUAGGCUUGGUGUAGAACAUGUGCAGAAUUCGUUUCUAUACUUUGAACAAUUUUGUGUCAUUUAACUGUCCUCUUACAUGAACAUGGAAAUUAAAGAGUUACUGUACUUGUAUCGGAACAUCAGCGGGGAGCGAUAGUACAUGUAUAAUCCGGUCGCAUCAUGCGACAGCACAUAUAAAUAUGCAUCCAUGAAUGCAUGUAUUUGUAUUAUAAAUAAAAAGGAAACGACUUAUCUGGAGAUUGCAUGUGGACCUUGUAUAUAUUUGGAAAUGUAAAUAAUAUGCAUGUAGGAAAGAACACUUUAUAGUUUUCAAAUGUUAGAUAUAAAUUACAUGUUUCAUCAUUUACUUAAAGGAUUUUCUUUAUAAUCAUAUUUUACAAUUAUAUAUUUAAUUCGAUUUUUUUAUUGGUUAAUCACAGA